AUGGCGCAGGCUAAUAAGCAAGGAAAGAUGAUCAACUACCGCAUGCGCGCUACUCUCAAUGACGGGCGCCAAAUGGCUGGCCAGAUGCUUGCCUUCGACAAGCACAUGAACCUCGUCCUCGCCGACACCGAGGAGUUCCGCCGCGUUAAGCGCAAGAGCACGAAGAGCCAGGCCCCCGGCGCCUCCGCCGCUCCCCUCGUGGAAACCGAAGAAAAGCGCACCCUUGGUCUCACCAUCGUCCGCGGCUGCCACAUUGUCUCGCUGUCCGUUGAAGGCCCACCUCCCGCAGACCCCUCGGCCAGAUUAGGAACAAGCGCUCCGGGUGGUUCGGGUGCUCCUUCGCUCCCUGCAGGCCCGGGCAUCAGCAGGCCCGCUGGCAGAGGUCUUCCCGUUGGCCUUACCGGCCCUGCCGCCGGUGUCGGUGGUCCUGGUCCUGGUGGUUUUGGGGGUUUCCCUCCUCAAGGCGGCUUCCCUCCGGCUGGUGGUCCUCCUGGCUUUGCAGGCCGCGGUGGCCCUCCUAGUGCUCCUGGCGCCCCCGGCUUCCCUCCUGCAGGUUUCGCCCCAGGUGGCGCUCCUCCGGGCUUCCAGCCGCCGCCUGGCUUCCAGCCCCCGGGACAGGGUCGUGGUUUCCCUCCUGGAUACGGAGGCAGAUAA